AUGCCCACUAUCUCGGUCGACAAGGCCGCUCUCUUCAAGGAGUUGGGCCGGGAAUAUACCACAGAGGAAUUCGAUGAGUUGUGCUUCGAGUUUGGUAUCGAACUUGACGAAGACACCACCAAUUCCGACCGACCCAUCGUCAACGGCGUGCAGGAGCCCCCGCAGCUUAAGAUUGAAAUCCCCGCCAACCGAUAUGAUUUGCUGUGCUUCGAGGGCAUCCAAUUGAUGCUCAAUAUCUUCUUGGGCCGGAAACCCUUGCCCGAGUAUAAGUUGGUUCCGCCCCCGAACGGCCAGCUCCAGGAGAUUAUCGUCAAGGAAGAGACCACUCAAAUUCGCCCCUACGUCUCCGGUGCUAUCCUACGAAAUGUCAAGUUCGACACGGCUCGCUACGAGUCCUUCAUCGCUCUCCAGGACAAGCUUCACCAGAACUUGGCCCGUCAACGAACCCUCGUUUCAAUCGGUACCCAUGAUUUGGAUACCGUUCAAGGGCCUUUCACUUACGAGGCUCUCCCUCCCAAGGACAUCAAGUUCACCCCGUUGAACCAGACCCAGGAGAUGAAUGGCGAGGAAAUGAUGAAUUUCUACGAGAAACACCAACAGUUGGGUAAAUUCCUGCACAUUAUCCGCGAUUCCCCUGUGUACCCCGUCAUCUACGAUUCGAAGCGGACUGUCUGCUCCUUGCCCCCCAUUAUUAACGGCGACCACUCCAAAAUUUCCGUGAACACCACCAAUGUUUUCAUUGAGAUCACUGCGCUUGACCGAACAAAGCUCGAGAUCGUGAACCGUAUGAUGGUCACCAUGUUCUCUCAAUACACUUCGGAGCCAUUCACUAUCGAGCCCAUCAAGAUUGUCUCCGAGCACAACAACGAGACUCGCAUCACCCCCGACCUUUCUCCCCGCACCGCCGAGGCCGAGGUCUCUUACAUCAACCAAUGCUGUGGCCUGAACCUCACUGCGGAGGACAUCAGCACCCGACUGUCCAAGAUGGCCUUCCGGGCCAAGCCUUCUGCCACCAAGCCAGACAUCGUCGAGGUCGAGAUUCCCCCGACCCGUGCCGAUGUCCUUCACCAGUGCGACAUUAUGGAAGAUGUCGCCAUCGCUUACGGCUUCAACAACCUCCCCCGCUCGUUCCCCAGCAAAUCUGGCACCGUGGCCCAGCCACUCCCCGUCAACAAGCUGACCGAUAUCAUCCGUAUGGAGGCCGCCAUGGCCGGUUGGUCUGAGGUUCUCCCUCUGAUCCUGUGCUCGCACGAUGAGAACUUUGCCUGGUUGAACCGCAAAGACGAUGGCACCACCGCCGUCAAGCUGGCCAACCCCAAGACUCUGGAGUUCCAGAUUGUCCGCACCAGUCUGCUUCCUGGUCUCCUCAAGACCAUCCGAGAGAACAAGGGCCACAGUGUGCCCAUGAAGGUCUUCGAGGUCAGCGAUGUCGCCUUCAAGGACCUGACUCUGGAGCGCAAGAGUCGCAACGAGCGCCACUUUGCCGCUGCUUGGUACGGAAAGACCAGUGGAUUCGAGAUUGUGCACGGUCUCUUGGAUCGUGUGAUGGCCAUGAUGCGCAGCGCCUUCAUCAUCGGCGAGGAGGGUCUCGAUAACGCUGCUUCUGGUGCUGCGCAGUACUGGAUCAAGGAGCUGGAUGACCCCACCUACUUCGCCGGCCAUGCCGCAACCAUCCACGCCCGUAUUGGUGACAAGGAACACGUCAUUGGUACCUUUGGUAUCCUUCAUCCUACCGUGCUGGAGAAGUACGAGCUUAAGUACCCCGUCAGCACCCUGGAGAUCAACAUCGAGCCUUUCCUUUAG